GUGUGUACAAGCUCGUACGCAGUGCGAUACUGGCCCUUCCUGGGCCAGCCGAGAAAUAAAUACCAUUCAAGCCUCGUGUGCCUGAUCUUUCCCCUGUUCUUGUUAUCCGGGGUGGCUUUGGGCAUCCACGACUGCCUACCCGCAGUAAUAGCCUGGCGGACCCUUUUCCAGACACGGACUGAGCGCAGCCCGGCGACGAUGGCUCACGCAGAGGGCGAGGCGGGCGCGGCCCUCGGCGAGGACGUCAAGCCAUACAAGAUCCACGUGAGGCACCAAUACUCGACGAGAGACCCAUCCAGGCCGGUAGACAUGCUGAUAACCAGGCUCAAGGUGUCGACCAAAUACCUCGACCUGACGAGGCAAAAGCUCGAGCUUACACGGUUGCCGCACGACAUCCCGCGCCCUCGAUCCAGCGACUGGUGGGAUCCCAAGCCCGUUGUCGAGCCUCUCGUUGACUACUGGCUCGAGCACUUCUCCUGGCGCGCCCAAGAGGAGCAUCUCAACGCCAGGGUGCCGCAGUUCCGCACCGCCAUCAACACGACCGCCUCCGACAUGCCCUGCCGCAUACACUUUAUCCACGCCCGCUCGCCGCACUUGACCGCGAUUCCUCUCCUUCUGAUACCCCCGUUUCCGUUUACGAACCUGUCGCUUGCACACUUGAUUCCCCUGUUCACGGAGCCGAAUGAUGCCUCUACGGCGCAGCCGUUCCAUCUCGUCAUCCCAUCGCUGCCGGGCAUGGGAUUCAGCGACGGCCUCAGCAACGGGGCGCAACUGGUUCCGACGGUGGCGGACAUGCUCGAAGUGCUCAUGAAGAGGCUGGACUAUAGACAUUACCUGGUGUCCAACUCGGGCCCGGCUGUGGAUGCACUGCCGUCAGUCGAUUGGAAGAUCGCAAGCCAUCUCGCGACGCACUAUGCAGACUCGUGCCUCGGGUCGCACUUUGUCUCGCCCCCGCUACAUGCGCCGACGUCUCGAGACUCAUGGGUGGAAUGGGCCAAGUGGACGGCGGUCAGCGUCCUCCAGGCGCCGAUGCUGGGCUACUCUCGCCAGGACAUCGAAGCCCUGAGGAAGGACCGGCAACGACAGAGGUGGCCAUCCAACCAUAGCCCGGCACCGGCGAUGCUGGGGUUUGGCAGCGAUGGCGAAUACGAGCCGAACACGCUUGCGUACGCCCUGUGCGACUCACCUCUGGGACUAAUCCUAUUUUUCGUCAUGGCACUGCGCAUAAUAGGGCCCGAGAAGGAUCUGGCGCCAGAGGAGCUUAUCAAGCUCACUGAGUUGACUUGGUUGCCCGGGCCGGAAGGGAUGAUGAGGCUGUGGGCGCGAUGUGCAUCCGACUCGGACGACAGCAAGAUAAGACCGACUCAUAGGCCAAGAGUCGGAAUAACAGUCUUCCUAGGCGAUGCAGAGCGUUCCAAGGGGGACGCAACGGAAGCAACAGUCGGCUUGCCUGGGCGAGCCGCACACCGAUAUGCGUGUCCAGCGUGGGCGAACUCGGCUUAUAAUGUCGUGGCGACAACCCGCAUGUCCGGCAACCCGGGGCUUCUCGUAUGGGAGAGACCAGAUGUGAUUGUUUCCGGCGUACGAGCGCUUGCCAAGGCAGUGCUACGCCUAGAACCCAGGUUGCGGCCGCCGCAGGAACCCGGGGCGGCGCUGCUCGAGCAGGUGGUCGUCGAGGGCGGACACAGCGCACCGGCUGAGAUCUCGGGCACGACGAUUCAAGCAACGGGAGACGACGCGGUAGGAGCUCGAAGCGAGAGCUAUGUAGCGUUCCCGAAGCCGGACGAGCGCGAGGAGGAGCUGCAAGAAAGCGGGAACCCGCAUGACGAUGAUGCUUCCCCGCAAAGAGCGACGCGACCUGUCACGCCGGGGAAAGAGGUCUCGCCCGUGAGAUCGCAUAGUGGGAGCAGUAAGGGGGGUCGCGAGUCGAGCGAAGGGAGCCCCAACACCGUCAUUGCGAUCCAGGUCGGCGUUUGAAGGGGGGCGUGGCGACUCUAUACGAAGUAUGAUGUACAACUCCGAUUCCUGGUAUAACAAUUGGCCAAGUAACAGGCCACAGUAAUGAAAUAAGGA